AUGGUACUCUGUAGUGCUCACGCAUCAGUUUUAUCAAGGAAAUCCUCAGUUAGGAGGAACGGGAAAAGUAACCGUGAUUCCACAAGUGUGUUGUUGGAAUGUACAGAAGAGAACUCUAGCAGAAGCAACUUUAGAAAAUUUAUGUUUUCAAGGUUUGCGAAAGUGUUUCUCGUUGGUUGCUUAUAUAUGUUUUUGGAAAAUGGAAUAAUAUAUGAAGACAAUAUAGUAUCAGAAAGACAUUGGGGUAAUGUUAAAGCAAGGAAGCUGGCAGAAUCCAAUCUUAGAAGGGAAAAGGAGGACAAUAAUGACUAUAUGGGCAAAGAUUUUGAUCCGGAGGAUAUGCCAAAUUUAGGACAAGGAAAUUAUGGUACUGGGAAUACAAAUGAUCCUAGGGAUUUGUAUCAGAAAGAGGGAGAUCCAACAAAUAUGUGGGGUGCAGGAGGGAACAGAUCCGUAGGUUUCAGUGAAGAUGACUGGGAUUCAUAUUAUAAGAGCAGUUAUGGAAAUUUCCCUGCAUCUGCUCCUAAUGCACCGAACGCCGAUAGUACAGAUGCUUUAAAGAACAGAACGUUAAGGUAUGGUGAUAGUAGUAUGCAGAAUAGUAUGGGGGAAGGUGUACCGCCUUCCUUGGAUAAUAAUCCGGAUGAAAGUGUUUAUAACACUAGACCAUAUAUGGGAGAUCAGGGAGCUGAUGGUGCUGGUAAUGGUAGAUUACCUGGAAGUCCUAACAUGCAUGAGGGUGCUUUUGGAUCUGAAGGAGCUGCAGGAAGUAGUCAGGGUGAACAGAUGACAGAUGAUAAAUAUGCUGUUUUUGAUAGUUUAUAUGAGGAGUACUUAGCAAGUACAAAAGGAGCAUCUGGAUUAGCAGGUGUAGGUGUGGACGGAGGUGCUGGUUCAAUGGCAGGUGUAGGAACAGCGGGUGAUGCUGGAUUGGGUACUGGAUUGGGAAUUGAAUCAGACGAUGAAUUAGGCAGUGCAUUAGGAGGUAGGUUUGACAGUAGAUCAGAUGAUGGAUUAGGCAGUGGAUUAGGAGGUAGGUUUGACAGUAGAUCAGAUGAUGGAUUAGGUAGUGGAUUAGGAGGUAGGUUUGACAGUAGAUCAGAUGAUGGAUUAGGCAAUGGAUUAGGAAGUAGGUUUGACAGUAGAUCAGAUGAUGGAUUAGGCAAUGGAUUAGGAGGUAGGUUUGACAGUAGAUCAGACAAUGGAUUAGAUGGAAGAUUAGGAGGUAGGUUUGACAGUAGGUCAGACAAUGGAUUAGAUGGAAGAUUAGGUGGAUUUUCAGGAGGAUUAGGAGGUGGAAUGGGGGGAGGAAUGCCCGGAGGUAUGCCAGGAGGCAUGCGGGGGGGAUUAGGUGGCGGAUCAGGAGGAAUGCCUAGCGGAUUGGACAGUGGAUUAAGUGGAAGAUUAGGCGGAAGAUUGGGUGCUGAUAUGGGCAACAAAAGUGAAAACAUCUUCAAAAAGCCCUCUGAUCCAUAUGGACAGUUUGAAUCUGGAGCUCCAUCGCACUCUAUGUGGUCUGGAUUUCUGAAUCAGGAUGAUUCUUUCGGCGGACCUAAGAUGAGUACGUCAGUUAGUACGAAUGAUAUGUAUCCAGGGGAUAUAUGGGCUGAGUAUAAACAAAAACUUGGAGAUUACUCAGGUACAAAGGAAGAAUUAGAAAAAAAUAGAAUGGGAGAGCAUUCUUCUCAUGGAUCAAGUAACAGUCAUCACCGCAGAAGAUCGUCAUCUGAAAGAACAUCAAGUGGUUCUAGAUCUAAAUCAUCAUCAGAUAGCAGAGUAGCUAAAUAUAGCGGAAGAAAAGGAACUUCUGGCGAAGAAUAUGACAGACGUCGUAAGGAAUCCAAAAUUCUGGAACAAGCCUCCUCAAAACACAUCAGAGGAAUGAUUGACAAAUUAGGUAGUACAGUGAAUUUAAGAGACAUGUUCUACAUUUUUAACUGUUUGAUUAAUCACGAAAGAAGAAAGUACAUUGAUAUGGAAGAGGGUACCAUGCUGUUCUGGGAUAAAACAGCAAAAUCUUAUGGUCUCCCAGAUUACUAUAAAAAUAGACAAUGGAUGAAAGCUUUUGACGGUAUGACGAAAGAGUUGUUUUAUACCGAGAAGAAAUUGUUCGAUAGACUGUACCAGUUACUUCAACAUGGAUCAUGCUCACGAAGUGGAUUUAUUCAAUUUUUGAAAGAAGUUAAGUAUACAUGCCAUAGAAUGAGGAAAGAAAUGGAAAAUCAGUGGAAGCAAUAUUUGAGCAGCAAAGUCAGAGGGUUCUGGUAA